AUGGCAGCCUCUGCUGUGGUUGAGAGUGAAAUGCGCCUAGAGGUCUCCUGGGCCCAGGUUGGGUGGGACUUCCGGAAGGUGAUUGACGUGGGAUUAAUGGCCGCCACGCGCAGAGCAACCUCUUGUCUCAGCCCUUCCGCCAUGCUACAGGUGGGAUCACAACGAGUGCUUUCCUUAACAGUGGAUGGAACCUGGCAUUGGAUCCUACAUUGUUCAGGGCCGCUUGAAGACGCCAUUGAGGACGAGGAGGAAGAGUGUCCCUCAGAAGAGACAGACGUCCUCUCCAAAGGAGACUUUCCCCUGGAGGAAAGCUUUCCCUCCGGAUUUGGGCCCGGAAAUCUGAGCUGCGAAGAAGUGGAAUACUUUUGUAACAAAGGUGACGAUGAAGGGGUCCAGGAGGCGGCAGAGUCAGACGGGGACACACAGCCAGAGAAGCCAGGGCCGCCUGGAGUGGAGGCGGAGGACUGGGAUGGCCCAGGUGAGCUGGAGGUGCUUCAGAAAGAUGGGGAGCGGAAAAUUCAAAGUCGCCAGCAACUUCCAGUGGGCACCACGUGGGGGCCGUUUGCCGGGAAGAUGGACCUGAACAAUAACUCCUUGAAGACGAAGGCUCAAGUCCCCAUGGUGCUGACGGCCGGUCCCAAGUGGCUGCUGGAUGUGACUUGGCAAGGCGUGGAGGACAACAAAAACAACUGCAUCGUGUACAGCAAAGGGGGUCAGCUGUGGUGCACGACGACGAAGGCCAUCUCCGAGGGCGAGGAGCUCAUCGCCUUCAUGGUGGAUUUCGACUCUCGGCUCCAGGCUGCCAGCCAGAUGGCCCUGGCGGAAGGGAUGUACCCGGCGCGGCUGCUGGAUUCCAUCCCGCUGCUGCCCCAGCAGGCCGCCAUGGCGUCCAUCCUGCCCACGGCCAUCGUCAACAAGGACAUCUUCCCGUGCAAGUCCUGCGGCAUCUGGUACCGCAGCGAGCGGAACCUGCAGGCCCACUUGAUGUACUACUGCAGCGGGAGGCAGCGCGAGGCCGCCCCGGUGUCGGAGGAGACUGAGGACGGCGCCCCGCAGGUGUCCAGCCUGUGCCCCUUUCCGCAGUGCACCAAGAGCUUCCCGAGCGCCCGUGCCCUGGAGAUGCACCUGAGCUCGCACAGUGGCAUGAAGAUGGAGGAGUUCCUGCCCCCUGGAGCCAGUCUCAAAUGCACCGUGUGCAGCUACACGGCAGACUCUGUGAUCAGCUUCCACCAGCACCUGUUCUCCCACCUCACGCAAGCUGCCUUCCGGUGUAACCACUGCCACUUUGGCUUCCAGACUCAGAGGGAGCUCCUGGCUCACCAGGAGCUGCAUGCCACUGGUGGCAAACUGCCCAGGGACAGCGACCUUGAGCAGUCUCCACGAGGACCUGAAGACAGCUUGCAGUCGACUGCCGACCCGCUGGCCCGAGGCGAGCUCCCUCUGGGCCAGAAGGCCAUGCAGACUAAAGAUGCAAGCUCUGACACGGAGCUGGACAAGUGUGAGAAAAAGACCCAGCUCUUUCUCACUACCCAGAGACCCGAAAUACAGCCUGCAACAAACAAGCAAAGCUUUUCCUACACGAAGAUAAAGUCGGAGCCCUCCAGCCCACGUCUUGCUUCGUCCCCUGUGCAGCCCAACGUCGGGCCUUCCUUCCCUGUGGGUCCUUUCCUGUCUCAGUUUGCGUUUCCCCAAGAUAUAACCAUGGUUCCCCAGGCUUCCGAGAUCUUGGCCAAGAUGUCCGAGCUGGUGCAUCGGCGGCUGAGGCAUGGAAGCAGUAGCUACCCACCUGUCAUCUACAGCCCCUUGAUGCCCAAGGGGGCGACUUGUUUUGAGUGUAACAUAACCUUCAAUAAUUUGGAUAAUUACCUAGUGCACAAAAAGCAUUACUGCAGCAGCCGGUGGCAGCAGAUGGCCAAGUCCCCGGAGUUCCCUGGGGUUGCAGAAAAGAUGCCCGAAGCGGUGAGUCCCAACACGGGCCAGACCUCCAUCAGCCUCCUCAACCCGCCCACACAUCCUGCGGACCCCGAGAACCCGCUUCUUCAGGCUCCCUGCAUCAAUUCCUCCACUGUCUUGGAUUUAAUGGGCCCCAAUGGGAAGGGCCAUGACAAGGACUUUUCUGCUCAAGCGAAGAAGCUCUCCACCACCAGCAGCAGUGAUGACAAAGUGAAUGGCAAACCUGUCGAUGUGAAGAAUGCCAGCAUCCCCUUGGUGGAUGGGGAGAGCGACCCAAACAAGACGACUUGUGAAGCCUGCAACAUUACCUUCAGCCGGCACGAAACGUACAUGGUCCACAAACAGUACUACUGCGCCACGCGCCACGACCCGCCGCUGAAGAGGUCUGCGUCCAACAAAGUGCCUGCCAUGCAGAGGACCAUGCGCACUCGCAAGCGCAGGAAGAUGUACGAGAUGUGCCUACCCGAGCAGGAGCAGAGGCCCCCGCUGGCCCAGCAGCGCUUUCUCGACGUGGCCAGCCUCAGCAACCCCUGCAGCUCCACCCAAGAGGCCGCCGAUGGGCUGGGCGAGUGCUACCACCCGAGAUGUGACAUCUUCCCCGGAAUUGUCUCCAAGCACCUGGAAACUUCCCUGACCAUCAACAAAUGUGUCCCUGUGUCCAAAUGCGACAGCACUCACUCCAGCAUGUCCUGCCUGGAGAUGGACGUGCCCAUCGAUCUCAGCAAGAAGUGUUUGUCCCAGUCUGAGCGGACGACUGCAUCUCCCAAAAGGCUGCUGGACUACCACGAGUGCACCGUGUGCAAGAUCAGCUUCAACAAGGUGGAGAACUACCUGGCCCACAAGCAGAAUUUCUGCCCAGUCACCGCCCACCAGCGCAGCGAGCUGAGCCAACUAGACGGCAAAGGGUUUCCCAACCCGGAGAGCGAACGGAACAGCCCAGACAUCAGCUAUGAAAGAAGCAUCAUAAAGUGUGAGAAAAACGGGAACCCGAAGCAGCCCUCUCCCAAUGGAAACUUGUUUUCGUCCCAUCUAGCUACCCUGCAAGGCCUGAAAGUCUUCAGUGAAGCAGCUCAGCUCAUCGCUACAAAAGAAGAAAGCAAACCUUUGCUUCUUCCCCAAUGCCUUUACCCGGGAGCAAUAAAGAAGGCCAAAGCAGCUGACCAGCUCUCCCCCUACUAUGGCAUAAAGCCCAGCGACUACAUCUCGGGCUCUCUUGUGAUCCACAACACUGACAUAGAGCAAAGCACAAAUGCAGAGAAUGAAUCUCCCAAAGGCCAGGCGUCUUCCAAUGGGUGCACCGUGCCGAAGAAAGACUCCCUGCCACUGCCGCCCAAAAACAGAGGCAUGGUCAUAGUGAACGGGGGACUGAGGCCGGAGGAGAGGCCAGCCGCCACCCCACAGCAAGAGAACGCUUCCCAGAGCCCGGCCCAGGAAGAUGGUCACAAAUCGCCCUCCUGGAUCUCGGAGAACCCGCUAGCUGCCAACGAGAACGUCUCCCCCGGGACCCCCUCGGCCGAGGAACAGUUGUCUAGCAUAGCGAAAGGCGUGAACGGCUCCACCCAGACACCGAGCAGUGGCAAGUACUGCCGGCUAUGUGACAUCCAGUUCAACAACCUUUCAAACUUUAUAACUCACAAGAAGUUCUAUUGCUCGUCACACGCCGCGGAACAUGUCAAAUGAACGGAGGACUCCGUAGACAUCAGUCACCUUUGGUACCAGUGUUUAGUAUGUUGUUCUAACCCAUCCAGAACACAACACAACACAACAACAAGCUGUUUGAAUUACAUCUGGCGAUCAGGAACUAAUUCACCAUGGCUGAGUUAAAGACUUAAGAUGUAAUUUCAUUACAGUCCAUUAGUAAAGUGUAUUCUUGGUGCCAUUUUCAAAAAAAUUAAUUUAUUUUACCAGCAGUAUUCAUAGCUGUGGUUAUGUUAUUUUUUAUUUAAAAACUUUAUAUUAAAGUCAUUUGUAAUGUUAUUGUAUAGUUAUUGUGUAGCACAUAUGGUUUGCACUGUAUAGUAGGUUUUAAAGAAAAUAGUCACAAACAAUACAGAACAGCAUUUUAGAAAUAGCUUCAAAAGCACUUGUGUAUCCUAAUUUUUUUCCUUAUAUGCUGUUGCAGAUAUAUGUAUAUGCUAAAAUAUAACUUGCAAAGAUGUUCUAAAUACACAUGCUAUGAGUUCGCCUUAAGAUUUCAAUUCUUGGAUAAUCAGGCUCUGUUUGCACUUUAUAUUUUAGCAAAUACUGUCUCUUAGUCACUAGGCUUUGCAUUUGUAUGUAGCCGUACGUUUCUGUCCAUUUUCUUAAUCUUAAACAUGUAUGUUAAAUGAAGAUGGCAAUUUUUUUCUUGUAUAGUACUUGUAUUUUCUUUCGCUGAUGCAGCUCUGUCAAUUUUUAAACCUUUGCUGUUAAAUGCAAUACUUUAUAAAGAUGAACAAAAUUACUGGAAGCAGUAUUGUAAGGAAUGAGGUAGUGUUAACCAGUUUUAUCUUUUGAAAGGCACAGUCUAAAUCAAAACCCUGAACUCAAUGCUGCAAGUAUGAAUUUAAUUCAUAUAUAAGAUCUAUUUAAAUAUAAGAGUAGCAAUACUGCACCUGGUGAUCACAGAGAUAAUGUUCUACUUCUGAUAGAAAUAAUUUCUCAACAAAUGUUGUUACUAUGCAUGGAUAUGGAUGGAAUAAAAUUCCAGAUUGUUGGAGAA